AUGGAGGAUGUGAGCCACUGUAGUCAGCCUGCCACCAGGUCGCUGGCUGUCACCCUGGGGAAUGGUGUCAUAUCUGAGGUUCAGCGCUCGUCUCUGCUGUUGGCAGAUCUGGCACUCUGCAGCAGCUGUGGCCAGCUCAGCCUGGGCCGCUCAGGCAUGGCGCUAUUCUUGCCGUUUCCAUCAGACGAUAGAUUGCUGCUGGACAUGUGCUGUUUAAGGGCCGCACAGCAGGCCUCCGGGGAUGCAGACAGAGCUGUAGGCCAGGAAUGGAGUGCCAAUAAAAGCAUCUUUAACUGCAGAUUUGCCUCACAAGAAGAGAAGACUGUGACAAAUGCUCAGCUGCCUCCUGGAAACAUGGAAAACUCGAGAACUGAAAGACAGAGAUGCUCUGAGAAACUCGAUGUGCCACACCCCGGGACCUGUCCGUGGGCAGAAACGGAAGAAAAAACGUGGAGUGAGUUGCAAGAAGCACUAGUGACGAUGAAAGCUGCUGAGAAGAUGUGCUGGAGGAUUCAGAGGAUUGAACUUGAAAACUCCAACCUAAUUGCCACUCUUGAAGAACAAGCGAGAGAAAUGGAAGAACUCGGAGAAAAGCUAAUUGGGGCAGGAAUCCACGCGGAGGAGGCAUCACAGGAAGAUCCAGGGAAGCCGAGGGAGGAUGCUGCCCCGUCGUGGAGUCCCCCGGAGCUGAUGAAGUGCGCCUCCGAGCUCUCUAAAAUGAGAAUGCAAGACGACUUGUGCAAAAUGGAAGUGAAAAAAUACAAAGAACUCUAUCUAAAAGAACUGAGAGACAACAACGCCUUACUCUCACUUCUUUCAAACAGGACUGGCAAGCAUCUAGAGCAGUCAUGUGCAAAUCUGGAGUUGUGGCGGAGCACCUCCGCAGUGGUGGCUCUUGUGGAGCCCCACCCUGAGUGCCCUCAAGUGCCACCUCUCACAAGCAGCGUCGUGGAGCCACAGGGAAGUGUGUCUCAGCCCCACGGAGGCCCGGAGGCCAGCUGUGACUCCAUGAAGAAGCCUCAGUCCUCGUCCGAAAAUAAGAAGACAGUGAGGAAAGAAGAGGGCAAGUCAGCACGGUCCCUGCUCUGUGCUUUGCAUCGAGAGGCAAGGAGGACUAAGGAGCUACAGAGAGAGCUGACUGAAAUAAAGAAGAUCUUUAAUAUGUAUCCAAAGGAAGGACAUGGGUGUGAAGGCAGAGGACAUAGUUUUCGAGAAGUUCCAAAAGUCAAUCAAACUGAAAUGAGCGUUCCAGUUGUCACGCUAAACCCUGAGGGAGAGGCAGCAGCUGAAGAACACCGGGUGUGGGUCCAGGAGACUCCCAGGGCCUCCUCCCUCGCCGCGAUGGAACUCGAAAUGAGAAGGAUCCAAUCUGCCAUCGCCGAAGCCAACAUCCGGGAACGCUCGGUUAAGAAGGAGCUGGCGGUGAUGAAGCAGCUCUACCGAGGAGAGUUAGAGCGCAUAGACAGCAUGUGGCUGGACGUCGUCAAGAGUGGAAGGGAGCCAGCGAGCCGCGCUCAUGCCUCGCCGCUGAGGCCCGCUCCGAGGACCUGCCUCAGGCCGCGUGUUGGCUGUGGAGGCGCACUGCACCCUGGGAGGCUGGAAGACAUGUUGAGCGAGCCCAGACGCUAGGCCAGGACAAUUUCUCUCCCUUCAUUUUUCAUUACAUAUGGCAUUUCCUGCCUUGCUGUCCUCACGCAGUCGAUUCAGUUGAUGUGAUGUUUGUAUUGUUAUAAGUUGUGUAAUUAUAGUUUAAAUUUCAGAGUUCGCAUAAAUGUAAACAAGCGUUUAACUGUUUUUGGAGGAUUAUAACCCAAACCCAAGCCUUCAACGCUGACACCACUGUGGGCACAUUCUGACACUGGUAAUUUCACUUUCCCGUGAUUUUCAUUGUUGCCGCUAGAGGAAACCUGGAGAGUGGCUUCGGUUUGGAGUCUCUUUCCCAGAAUGCAUAGCUGGAAUACAGGGAAAGGACCAAUUACACAGCGAGGACCAAUAGCGGAGCUGGAGUAACAGAAAUCCCAGCGUGGCUAGGAUAAUUCCUCAUUCCGUGUGGCUGGGAGGGUGUGGUGGACAGAGAGGGCAGCCCGCCUUGGUAAGGAUGUGCGAACAGGCCGGAACCUGUCCCGUACUGUCCCUCAACUCCGUGCUGCUGUUCUGCAGGAUUCCUGAGACCAAACGCUUCCCGCCUAUGCAGGGAUGAACACGUGAAGAAACGUGAUACUGAUCAUUUUCCUUGGGGAGUUUUAAAAAAUCUACAGACCGGUUUAAUAACUACAAACCUUCUUGCCCAUCUUCCCGGUUUAGCUCUAGCCAUUGUAUGUAUUUAAGAAGCGAUGCUUGAUAAAUUGAUGCCUCCUGAGCUGCAGUGCCUGCUCUAAGCAAACCCACACAUUCACCCUCUACAGCUGCAAGUACAAGCAACAAGUGUUUCUUUUUUAUCUCAUCUCCCUCUCACCCCUGUCAACUUUCCUCGUUCCCUACUUUCCUCUCUCCUAGAAUUCCUAACUUCUGGGUUUGUUUUGUGACCAAUUUAGUUGAAGCAGGGCCAUCUGUGUGGCCGCUGGAUUGCGAUCCACUGGAGCCUGGUGUUGUCACACGUGGGCACACAACCGAAGGAAGGCAAGGAAUCCUCUUUCCCUAAAUCGACCCUCAGCAACUCGUUCAGCGAGGGUGCGAGGCCCCUGAGCCACCCCGCUUCCCUUCCGGGCUGUCGCUGGCCCUGGCCCUGUGCAAACCCGGGGAAGGCCUGUGCAGGUGGGAGCCGGUGGCUACGGUGGCUGUGCCGGCCAGAAGACACAUUUGGGAGUCUCUCUCCUGCCUUCUGUUCGCGCUGUUCCCAGAGCCCUGGAGGGGAGUGGGGUGGUAGCCGUGCUGAGGGCUGAGCGGUAACCCCCCUUACUCAGCACUGUGGGGACAGGGUUUCCAGGGACGCCCUGAAGGGUGGUCUCUGCAGUGCCUCCAAGGGCCACAGGGUUCCCGGACAGCUUCCACUUCCUGUCAUUCUGGGCCCACCUCAGAAAGCAUGUGUGUUAUUAUAUAGUACAUGUGUUAAUUAUAGUAUUUAUAAUUAUAUAUAGUAUCAUAAUUAUAUAGUAUGUAAAGAUACAUAGCUAUCUCUUUGGAAUGGGUACAGGAGAGGCUCAUGGGCCCCACAACUUACUGCUCAACUACCUGCUCUUGAUAGAUCCAGGGAAAGAAGGAGUCCUUGCCUUCAUUUGUGUGCCCGUGACAAUACCAGGCUCUGAAUAUACAUAAUCAUCUAAAUAUGUAUCUUUUUAUUAAGGCAUUCAAAAGCUUUCGUUUCCUCCUCAGGAAAGGGGUGUGGUGGCUCUCAUUAGACACCAAGCAGCCUUGGCUAAUCAAGUUGCCAUAAAACAAGGCAUGUCUUCUACUGAGGCUAGACACAGCAGCCCAGUUGGGGGAAAGGGAUCCAAAGGCAGGGAGUGUAGCCAGAGCCCUGCUCCUGCUUUAGCGUCCCACAAGAAGCCCCAGCUGCACAGUCCAUCCCCUGCAAGCUCUCUGCUUGGUGGUUCAGUCUCUGUGAGCCCCCACGGGCCCAGGAUAGUUGAUUUUGAAGGUUUCCUUGUGGUGUCCUUGACCCCUCUGCCCUUUCACUCCUUCAUCCCCCUCUUCCACGGAGCUCCCAAGCUCCACUUAAUGUUUGGCUGUGUGUCUCUGCCUCAGUUUUCAUCAGCUGCUGGGUAAAGCCUCUGUAAUGACAGUUCUGUCAGACUCCUGUCUGCAAGCAGAGAAUAUCAUUAAUACUGUCAGGGCUGGGCUCCCUCUCUUGGUACGGGACUCAAGCUGGGCCACUCAUUGGCUGGCCCUUCCCUCAAAUUCUGCUCCACCUCUACCCCUGCACAUCUUGCAGGCAGAACCAGUUGUGGGUGUUAGGUCUUGUGUCUGGAUUGGUGCUCCAAUCCUCCACUGAAAGUCUUGCCUGGUUACAGGAGAUGGCCAGUUGGCUCCAUAGUCACCAUUGCUUAAAGUCUUAGCUAGCGAGGGUCACCCUAAUAGAGUCCUGGGAGUUUCCAUUGUCAUAGGUUUCUAGGCUGUCCAGAUGUGGAACCCAAAUCCAGUUGUCUGUCUCAGUCCUCUCUCCUCCACCCCCACCUCAUUCCUCCUUGCUCCCAUCUCCACCCCUUUCCCCACCCAGUCCCCUCCCUCCUCCCAUUCCCUAAUGUCUAAUCUAUUUCCAUUUCUCAGUGACAUUCAAGCAUCCUCCCUCCUCCUCCUUGACUUCACUGGGUCCAUAGAUUGCAGCAUGGUUAUCCUGUACGUUAUGGCUAACAUCCACUUAUAAGUGAUAUAAGUUUUAUCUUUCUGGGUCUGGGUUACCUCACUCAGGAUGACCUUUUCUAGUUCCAUCCAUUUGCCUGCAAAUUUCAUGACAUCAUUGUUUUUAAUAGCUGAGUAGUAUUCUGUUGUGUAAAUGUGUCACAUUUUCUGUAUUCAUUCUUCGGUUGAGGGACAUCUAAGUUAUUUUCAGAUUCUGGCUAUUAUGAAUAAAGCUGUU